UAGAAAGAACACAAAAAAUAAAGGACUGCUCGAUUGUCUUCAAGUAAUAAACUAGCCAUGGGUCUCCUUGUGUUAUUCGUAUUUGCAGGAUGCGUAACAUCGUCAAGCGCCGUGUCGUGCUAUACCUGCAAAGAGAAUAAUGUGACUUUUGAUGAGCUAGAAGGUGUCUUUGAAUUGACCAACUGCUCAGCACCCAGCCCAACCAACGACUUCGUUGACAUAUACAGGAACUGCACUGGAACUUGUGUCACUAGCAUAUCGCUGUCGUCUCGAAAUUACGACAUGGGUCGGUAUUGCUUUGAGGGUACCCCGUCACAAAUUGCGUCACAAUGCGAUCAAGGCUGCACAAGUCCUUCAAAUUGUCGACAAUGUUGUGACACCGACUGGUGCAACAGUGAUUCUGUGGAUACGAUCAUCUCUGAGCACCGAAUGGGCCAAACAUGUUACGAAUGCCGUCACAGCGAAAUACCAUACACCGGUUAUUUUAACCCCAGUUGCGGAUUGAAUUUCAAUUCAGCGGGGGAAGGAUUGAGGUACUCAUUUUGCCAGGGUCUUUGUUAUAGUGCUACCACUUUCAUUGAGGGUGUUGAAAUUGUCCUGCGGGGAUGCAGAGUUCAAGGAGAAGAUUGUGAUUAUGCCAACCACCCUUACGUGGAAGACCCGAGUAUCCAUUUGGAUGGUCGUUAUGGUGUUGAUUAUGACAUGAAGUGCUGCCAAGGCUCACUCUGUAACACUGGUCACUUCGUUGGUCCGUCUGGUGGCGCGAUCGUCCUUGCCGUUUCCUUGGCUCAAAUCCUCUUUGCCCUGGCGCUCUAAUUUUACUUUGCUUUUAUAGCAAGAUGUUUCAUUUCUUUUUGUUCAAUUCAAUUUCCAACAUUUACCAAAUUUAUUUUCUGUCGUGCAUUUCGAAAUUAUGAGUAAACUUUUGAAAGAUAUCUUUUUUUAUUGUCCAUAAUGCAAUCAGGUACAAACGGAAAUUCGAUUAAAAUAAAACAAAACAAAAAGAGGUACAUGGUUAGUUACCAACAAUAUAUAUAGCAUUUCCAUUUAUUUGAAUAUAGGAAAAAAUAUGUCAAUUAAAUGCACUGCUAGUGUAGAGGUAUAUACCCGUAGACGGAGAUCGAAACACGGACUC